AUGCUCAACCGUCCUCCCGCUUUAGCCGCUUCUGCGGGGGGAGCUAACGCAGCCCAUAGGCGGAAACGGUCCAUCAACAGGAAGGGCACCGGAACGCUCUCUUUACCCCUCCUCUCCCCUUCCGCCGCGUCGUUCGGCGCUCUCCCCGGCGCGGCUUCCCCCGCGGGCGGCGCAGCGGCUCUCGCGCAAGGCUCGCCGAUGGCGGGAGGAGGAUCGGGUAACCCGAUGACCCCCAUGUCGCCCAUGUUUUAUUCGUCGCUGCUGCCGCCUGCGUCGCCGUCCGUGCUGCACCUGGCGCUGCAGAUCGACCUGCCUCGAGAUCACGUGGAUGCCUUGAAGGCAGUGCUCCAGGUCAUCGGCAACUUUGCUAACGCGGGCGAGCUCCACCAGACGGCAGUGUGGGACCGCUGCUUCCCCGGCACUUUCUCGCGCCUCGCCACAGUGCGCUCCCCCGCGGUGCAGCGCCCGCUCUGCAUGGUGCUCUUCACGUGCUGCCGCGCCGUGCCCAAGCACGUCGACGGGUUGGGGGGAUCGAUGGACGGGGUCGCGCUGCUCGCGGGCGCGCUCAGGGCGCAAGGGGAGGCGCUCGUUGCGCGUGCGGAGGGGCGGGAUGGCGGCUGCGGUGGGGCUGUUUUCUCAGCUCUCCCGGACGCUGCCUCCAACGGAAUGGACGAGUGGUUGGGUCUGUUAAUUGAGAGGCUCUGCCUGCGCGCGCGGUACUUCGAGCCAGUCUUCAAGAACCUUCCCAACUUCUCGCCGCGCCCUGCCCUCGGGCAGGUCCGAGGGCUUUUCUGCCCGGAACAAGCUGCCUUGCUGUGGGUCCUAUGGGGCGCUCUUCACGCCACUGCAAAAGCGAGGGGGAUCCCAGUCAUCGACCUGCCUUCUGCUUCUAACGAGGAUGAUGGGAACUCCAAGGGCGAUAAUGCAUCAGAGGAGCCUGUGGCGCCUGGGUCAAGGUGGCAGGUGCAUGGGCUGCCUGAUAUAGGACCCGGGACUCUCAAGUUCCUUCUGACGGCAUGCAGAAACGCAGCAGUGGGUCUGGGCAAGGCCCGGGAGGAGGCUGGCAGCAAGGCGCUCACGUCCUCCUCCACGUCCUUCACGUGUCUGCAGCUUGUGCUCUGCUUCUCCCUCCGCUGCCUCCGCGUUCUUGCUGCCCAAGAGCCCUCCACCACCUCCCAUCCAGUAGCCUCAGACGCCACCCCUGCAGAAACCUCAGCAGCAGCAGGAGGAGGACAAGCUGCAGACUCUAAAUCAACGGCCGAGGAUGCUUUUGUUGCGAUCGGAGGGUCCGAGAUCAUCCUGAUGCUGCUGGAUCUCCUCCAGGGUGUGAGUCUGCCUGGAGGUUCAAGUGGGCAGAGUAAGGAGGAAGCAUAUCCAGGAUAUCGAUCUGAUUUGGUGUCGGUGCUUGCAAACGCGUGUCACCGCCGACCAGCGUAUCAAGACGCUGUCAGAAUGUAUAAAUGUACAGGGGAAAGAACAGAUGGGGAUGUCUCUGGUCUUGUGCUGGUUCUGAGACAGAUAAUUGCAGAGCCUGGUGGGGGUAGUGGUGGUAUUAAGGAAUGGGUGGGUUAUGCUGCGAGGUGUCUGGUGGAAGGGAAUGAGAGCAACAGGAGGGAGCUUGCAGCAGCAGUGCAGGCAGUAGGCCUUCUGGCCAGGGCACUAGAGGCCGCUCACAGGGAUAUACAGCUCGUGCCAGAGCGAGGAAGGAGAAGGGCGAGAGUGGUGGAGCGGUGCAAGCUGAUGGUGAAGCUGGGGAAGCUGCUGCUGUCCCCGUCUUGGAAGGCCUCAGUACCCGUCAUCCACCCACCGCCUCUCUUCUACCGCCCCCUCACCCCACCCUCAUUCCCUAUGCUCCUCUCUCCUCCCAUCAGCCCCCUCCCCAGCCUCCCGCCCUUCACAGCAGGCGCGUUUGAGUCGCACGUCAACAGGCACGCAUCCCUUCCGAGCCUCCCGCCCUUCACAGCAGGCGCGUUUGAGUCGCACGUCAACAGGCAAGUGUCCCGCCUUCCUAUAGCAGACACCGAGUUGGACAUCAAGUACAAGCUAAUCUGUGUUCCUAACCCUGACAACUCUGGAAUUAUCCUCACUAAGGUGAAGCACAACUCGGCAUGUCCCUCGAUUGUGCCGGUGUGUUCCUUUCCCUCCUCCCUGCAUUACAUCCCUUUCUCUCCUCACAUCCCAAUUUCUGCUCACAUCCCUCCUCUUCACAUCUCUCCUCUUCACAUCCCUCCUUUUCACAUCCCUCCUCUUUACAUCCCUCCUUGUCACAUUCCUCCUCUUCACAUCCGUCCUCUCACAUACCUCCUCCUUACAUCCCUCCUCCUUUUCCUCUCUCCUAUUCCUUUCUCCACCCCCCUCCUAUCAACCAGGACGCCACUCGAUCUGCCUGUGAGAGCAUAG